AUGGGCUUCAUUCAGCGGGUUGUGAAGCGGUUGCCCUCCGCGCCGAGCCUACCCCUUGACGAUAGUUCGCGCGAAAAGGUUCGGAAUUUCUCCAGAUUCGCUUUCUUCAAGCGCAGGAUACGGUUGAAGGGCAACUCGUCCAUUUCUAUCCCCCUGGGAUUUGUUCUAUUAUUUCCAUGCCUUGUAAUUGUCCUCAUUUUGCUCCUAUUUGUUCGACAUCCUGCCUCUCCUGGGGGUAUCCUAAUCCCCGCAGGCGCACCACCAUCAAUAAGAAAAAUCAGCGAGAAGUAUGACAAAGUGUUCUACACUGGCUGCUUGCCAGUCGAAGAGGUGAAACCCGAUUACAAACGGGCAAAUGCUGCUUUCGUCGUCCUCGCCAGAAAUAAGGAAUUGGAUGGUGUUAUCCAAUCCAUCAAAUCCAUCGAGCGCCACUUCAAUCGCUGGUACCACUAUCCUUAUGUAUUUCUGAAUGAUGGUGACUUCGAUGAUGAGUUCAAGGCCACCGUCAAGAAUUACACCAGCGCGCCUGUGGAAUUUGGCAAGAUCGAUGAGACGAUGUGGGGUUUCCCUGAUUGGGUUGACCACGAGGUCGCCAAAGAAGGUAUCAGAAAGCAGGGUGAUGCCGCGAUCAUGUACGGCGGAAUGGAAAGUUAUCACCACAUGUGCAGAUUCUAUUCCGGCUUCUUCUACAGACAUCCCCUUCUGUUGAAGUACGAAUGGUACUGGCGUUUAGAGCCCGAGAUCAAGUACUUCUGCGACAUCACAUAUGAUCCUUUCAUUAUGAUGGCUGAAGCGAACAAGACCUACGGCUUUACCAUUGCUGUCAAAGAACUUCGCGAGACUGUUCCCAACAUCUUCCGCUAUGCAUCUGCCUAUAUGCGCAAGAAUAAUCUCAAAUCGAAGGGCCUUUGGGAAAUGUUCCUGGAGAAGCCUGAAGAAGAAGAACCCAAGCCAGAAGAAGAGAAGCAAGACAAGCUUCCCGAGGAGAUUCUGCUUACUGAGCCUGGUGAUAACGCGCUCUCUGAGGUUGAUCCAGAGGCCAUGGAGGGCGAGAAGUAUAACAUGUGCCACUUCUGGAGUAAUUUCGAAAUUGCGCGCCUUGAUUGGCUCCGCAGCAAGGAAUAUGAGGAUUUCUUCGAGAUGAUGGACAAGAGCGGGGGUUUCUGGAUGGAAAGAUGGGGUGACGCGCCUAUCCACUCACUAGCGGCCGGUGCUCUCCUCGCUCCCAGUGAUAUUCACUAUUUCCGUGACUUUGGCUAUCGACAUACCACGAUUCAACAUUGUCCUGCGAAUGCACCUGCGCGCCAAUUGCCUCGUAUCCCGUAUUUGGAAAAGACCACGCUGGACGAGAGGGCUCGAGUCGAGGAAGAUGAAUACUGGGCGGCUAUUGACCCUGUCAAGGAGAAUGGCGUUGGUUGCAGAUGCAGAUGUGACACGGACAUCGUGGAUGUUGAAGGCAAACAAGGCAGCUGCCUUGCCGAGUGGGUUGAAGUUGCUGGAGGCUGGGCAUCUCCGUAG